AGCCGCCUCCACGCUGCCGCGCUACCGGUGCCACGAAGAAGAAGCGUCUCGCAGGGCGUGGUGGGAUAGCAGUCUCCUCGGUGGAGGACUGGAACAGUGCCCCAGCUGGCUGCUGGCUAGCUGCAGAGAAGAUGGCUGCAGAGGGGAUUUUCAGGCCAGUGUCUGAAAACAGAGCAUCGUUUGUCAUGUUCGGCGGCCGCUAGCCAGCGUUGUCAGCCCGCUCGCUCCGUCGGUCGGUUCCGCUCGGAUUCGUCGGAGGGGCUCUAGCGACAUGGGGUCGCAGACUCUACAGAUCCUGAGGCAGGGGGUCUGGGCUUCAAUCACAGGCGGAUGGUACUACGACCCCGAUCAAAAUACAUUCGUCAACGCGUUACAUCUCUACAUCUGGCUGUUCCUGCUAUGCUUCCCCUUCACGCUGUACAUGGCCCUGCCGCCAACCAUGGUGAUUGUGGGCAUCUACUGUGGUGUCAUUGCUGCAAUGUUUCUGCUGCUGAAGACGGUGAAUUACCGCCUCCACCAUGCCCUGGACAAGGGGGAAGUGGUGGAGCACCAGGCCAAGGAAAGCCAGGGCGGCAGAGGAGGCACGGAGGGGGCUAUUGUUGGAGGAGUCACUCGUCGGGAGGACAGCAACGGCCCGGGGGACCCUGGAGGGGGCAUCGAGAUGGCGGACUUCAUCAGGCAGGAGACGCCGCCGGUGGACUGCAGUUCCAGGAACUCCUACAUCGGGAUGGAGUCUCACCAGCAGAUCUCAUCCAGCCAUGGAAAAGUAACAGCUGCCAAAGGAGACGUGGGCAGGCCGUCCGAUGACAUCAGCCUGACUCUUGUGGAGAGCUGCAGUCACGAUCACGAUCUGCUGUCGGACACCAAGAUGUACUGCCUCGUUCCCAACGACUCCUUCGCGUCCCUGCAGCCGUCAACCUCGUUGUGUCCCUCCGAGCUGUCCAGGGAGCCUGCUGAUCUCUGUAACGCCGCUGCUUGUCACUUCGGCCUGUCCCACUCCUCCUGUGACACGGAGGUGGCCGCUCAUGCAUCCGUGCAAUCUCAGAACUUCAGGAAGGAGCUCCGUUCGCGGGGCCUGCCUCGGACCUCCAGCUCGGCGGGCUCCGCUUUCCCCGACCCGUGUCUGCCAGACUUCGCGCUCUACCCCCCGCCCAGGAGAGGUGGCCUGGAUCCUGUGUCUGAGUUGGAGACUGUCAAGCCGCACAGGCCGGGGACGUGCGAGCAGCAGGACCAGGCUGUGCCCUCCACCUCCGGAGUAGAGAGCUACAGGCACAAGGAGCCGCGAAGAGUCGCUCGCUCAGCCUCCAGGGAGGCGGGGGAGGGCUCCUCAGGACUGUACCAGGUGGAAGUGGGCGGUGGUGGGAAGAGCUCCGGUGAAGGAGGGAAGUCCCAGAGGGGGGAGCGCAGUGCAGAUAGCCUACGGAGCUUAAGCACUCGCAGCAGUGGCUCCACUGAGAGCUACUGCAGUGGUACAGACAGGGACACUAACAGCACUGUCAGCAGCUUUCACAGUGAGCAGACCAGCUCGACACAUGUAGAGAGCCUGCUCUCGCUUUCAGGGGAUGAGCGUGUGCGGGACAGGGGCGAUUUUGCCUCCGCUCCCACAGACGGCAGGACUUCAAGCCUCAGCAGUAUCAGCUCUCGGGGUCUCGGUAACCUUCCGUCCAGGGAGGCCAAUAAAAACCCACACGCUAAUGAGCUGACUACUAAACAACCCGCUGACACGCCAUCGCCUGUGACCCAAGAGCUGGCAGAGCCCGUCACGUGCCAGGACGAGCCUGGCGUCAGGACCAGCGCUGAUGGGUCAGCAGCUGCAGCCGCCGCUGAGCAGGAGCAGGCGAGAGGUGACGUUCCUCCCAAGCCAGGCAGCAUCGUUCAGAGGACUUCCUCUCUGACGACGGGGCGGAGCGGGUGCCGGCGGUCGGGCAAGAAACGAGCCAGCAGCUUUGAUGCCAGCCGUCACCGGGACUACUUGUCCUUGCGGGGCGUGGCCAAGCCGUGCAGCGCCGUGCUCACGGGGGGUGGGGAGGAGGACUCCAGUGAUCAGAGUGAACUCAGCUGUGCCUCCAGUCUCCACUCCACCCACCACCUGAGCACAGACAGCUCAUCCAGUGCCACCUCCCGGUCCUGCCGCUCGCCAGAGGGCCGCUACAGGGCCCUGAAAGCCAAGCACGCUGCAGCCGGUAGCUCCUCCACCAAGGCCGUGGGGGGGGGCGAGACCACGGCGCGGGCCGGGGGCAAGCGGCGCGCCUCCCGCCGCACCCCCAGCACAGGCAGUGCCAAAACCCACGCCAGAGUGUUGAGCCUAGACAGCGGCACAGCUGCCUGCCUUAACGACCCCAGCCGCCUCGGAGCUCCAGCGGGGCCCCGGCCCCUCACCACCUCCAAGUCAGACCUGGAAGCCAAAGAGGGGGAGGUCCUGGACGCGGCGUCUCUGCUGGGCCGGGCCUCCCAGCUGGAGUCAGUAACCCGCUCCAGAAACAGCCUGCCCAGCCAGGCUGCGUUCGGGGAGCCUCAGGACGCCACGUCUGCCGCCAUGCAGGCCCCGGGGAGCGAGGACGCUGUGGUGUUCCGGCGCGAGCGCAGCACGUUCCGCCGGCAGGCCGUGCGGCGGCGGCACAACGCUGGGAGCAACCCCACCCCACCCACCUCCCUCAUCGGAUCCCCUCUCAGUCUUCAGGAGGCUCUCAGCCAGGCCUCCCAGCCUUCCACUUCCCAGGUGAAAAGUCAGCCAUCCAGAACCCCGUCCCAGGUUACCGUGCUGAGUGCAAGCGCCUCCCUGCUGGCCAGGAAUGGAAGCACGCACCUGGAGGGUUCUCAGGACAAGGCCUCCACCGUCGGCACGACCAGCCUGCAGGACGACUUCGGAAAACUCACUCCCUCCUUGUAUGAAGCUGCCGGAUGUGACCUUUCCUUGGUGAAUUUUGAACCUGCAACAAGACGAGCCUCUAAUAAUGUGUGGGACACAGACUCCCACCUUUCCAGUUCUACCUCAGUUCGCUUCUACCCUCAUGACCUGAUCUCCCUCCCUCAGAUCCGCCUGAACUGUUUGCUGACGAUGGAUCCUGAGCUGCUGGAGCAACAGGAUGCAGAUCUCAGCCCAGAGCUGCAGGAUACGCCGCUGGGACAAGAAGACGCUGCGGCCACAGCUGCCGCUGGCAAAGCCAGGCAGUACUACCGCCUGUGGCUCUUCCCCUACCUGUGGGUCGGCCUGCACUUUGACCGGCUCACACUGCUGGCACUGUUCGACAGGAACCGUGAGGUUCUAGAGAACGUGCUGGCGGUGGUCCUUGCCGUGCUGGUGGCUUUCCUGGGUUCAGUGUUGCUCGUCCACGGUUUCUUCACAGACAUAUGGGUUUUUCAGUUCUGCCUCGUCAUUGCAAGCUGCCAGUAUUCUUUAUUAAAGAGUGUUCAACCAGACUCCUCUUCACCUCGACACGGCCAUAAUCGUGUCAUCGCGUACAGCCGCCCUGUCUACUUCUGCCUGUGUUGUGGCCUCAUUUGGCUGCUGCACUACAGCAGCCUGAGCAUCUCCUCAUCCCGCGUCACACUGUACGGGGUCGCACUCACCAGCUCCUUGGUACUUGCUUCUGCCAGAGACCUUGUCAUAGUUUUCACUCUGUGCUUUCCCAUCAUCUUCUUCGUGGGGCUGCUGCCACAAGUCAACACGUUCGUCAUGUACCUCUUCGAGCAGCUGGACGUCCAUGUGUUCGGGGGUAAUGCCUCCACCAGCCUUCUGUCCUCGCUGUACAGCGUGCUGCGCAGCGUCGUCACCGUGGCUUUGCUUUACGGCUUCUGCUACGGAGCUCUGAAGGAAACGUGGGAGCCUCAUCACAUCCCGGUGUUAUUUUCUGUUUUCUGCGGCCUCUUGGUUGCAGUGUCUUACCACCUGAGCCGGCAGAGCAGCGACCCUUCUGUCCUCCUUUCACUGAUACAGUCCAAGAUCUUGCCUAAUUUAAAAGACAAGAACCCAGAAGAUCCUCUGUCAGAAGUACAGGACCCUCUACCUGACAAGCUCAGGGCCUCAGUGAAUGAGCGUCUGCAGUCCGACCUGAUCGUCUGUGUGGUCAUUGCCGUCCUUUACUUUGCCAUCCAUGUCAGCACUGUUUUCAUCGCUCUACAGCCUUUCCUCAGUUACGUCCUGUACGCUCUGCUGGGGACUGUUGGGUUGAUCACCCACUACCUGCUGCCUCAGGUCCGCAAGCAGCUGCCGUGGUACUGCUUCUCCCACCCUCUGCUCAAAACCAAGGAGUACUAUCAGUUUGAAGUCAGAGAUGCAGCGCAUGUUAUGUGGUUUGAAAAGCUUCACGUCUGGCUGCUGUUUGUGGAGAAGAACGUUCUCUAUCCGCUUGUCAUCCUCAACGAGCUGAGUGGCAGCGCCCGAGAACUCGCCAGCCCGAAGAGGCUUGACACAGAGGUCGUAGCGCUGAUGAUCACGGUAGCAGGCCUGAAGCUGCUGCGCUCAUCGUACAGCAGUCCUACCUACCAGUAUGUGAUGAUCCUCUUCACUGUCCUCUUCUUCACCUUUGACUGCCGUCAUCUGUCGGAAACACUGCUGCUCGACCUCUUUGUCAUGUCCAUCAUUUUCAGCAAAUUGUGGGAGCUGUUUUACAAGCUGCACUUUGUCUACACCUACAUCGCCCCCUGGCAGAUCACAUGGGGCUCAGCUUUCCACGCCUUUGCUCAGCCCUUUGCUGUGCCUCACUCUGCUAUGAUGUUUGUCCAGGCUGUAGUUUCAGCAGUCUUUUCCACUCCCCUCAACCCCUUCCUGGGCAGUGCCAUCUUCAUCACUUCCUAUGUCCGCCCUGUCAAAUUCUGGGAGAGGGACUACAACACCAAGAGAGUGGAUCACUCUAACACUCGACUGGCAUCUCAGCUGGACAGAAAUCCAGGUUCGGACGACAACAAUUUGAACUCCAUCUUCUACGAGCAUCUCACUCGCUCCCUGCAGCACAGUCUGUGUGGAGACCUCCUCCUGGGCCGCUGGGGAAACUUCAGCACUGGUGAUUGCUUCAUUCUGGCCUCCGACUACCUGAACGCACUGGUGCACCUCAUAGAGAUUGGCAACGGCCUUGUCACCUUUCAGCUUCGAGGACUGGAGUUUAGAGGAACCUACUGCCAGCAGAGAGAGGUGGAAGCCAUCACUGAGGGAGUGGAGGAGGACGAGGGCUGCUGCUGCUGCGAGCCGGGCCACCUUCCUCACAUCCUGUCCUUCAAUGCUGCGUUCGGACAGCGCUGGCUGGCCUGGGAGGUGCUGGUCACUAAAUACGUGCUGGAGGGCUACAGCAUCACGGACAACAGCGCCGCGUCUAUGCUGCAGGUGUUUGAUCUGAGACGCAUCCUCACCACCUACUAUGUCAAGGGUAUUAUCUACUACGUGAUCGCCUCACCAAAACUGGAAGAGUGGCUGGCUAAUGAGACAAUGAAAGACGGCCUGCGGGGAUGCGCUGAGAGAAACUACGUUGACCUGGAUCCCACCUUUAAUCCCAAUAUCGACGAGGACUAUGACCAUCGUCUGGCAGGAAUCUCCAGGGACAGCUUCUGUGGGGUCUACCUGGGCUGGAUCCAGUACUGCAACUCUCGAAGGGCUAAGCCACUGGACAGUGAGAAAGACUCGGCCCUGGUGCUGCUGUGCUUUGGCCUGUGUGUGCUGGGACGGAGAGCCCUGGGAACAGCAGCUCAUCAUAUGUCCAGCAAUUUGGAGUCUUUCCUUUAUGGGCUUCAUGCAUUAUUUAAGGGAGAUUUCCGCAUCUCCUCAGUUCGAGACGAGUGGAUCUUUGCAGACAUGGAACUGCUCAGGAAGGUCGUAGUGCCUGGAAUCCGAAUGUCUCUGAAAUUACACCAGGACCACUUCACGUCUCCCGAUGAGUACGAGGAGCCGGCCGUGCUUUUCGAGGCCAUCUCCUCCCACCAGCAAAACCUGGUCAUUGCUCACGAAGGCGAUCCAGCCUGGAGGAGCGCGGUGCUGUCCAACGCACCGUCCCUGCUCGCCCUGCGCCACGUCCUCGACGAAGGCACCAAUGAAUACAAAAUCAUUAUGCUGAACCGACGGUACCUCAGCUUCCGUGUCAUUAAGGUGAAUAAAGAAUGCGUCCGAGGUCUGUGGGCAGGUCAACAGCAGGAGCUUGUUUUCCUGCGAAACAGAAACCCAGAGCGUGGCAGCAUCCAGAACGCCAAGCAGGCCCUACGCAACAUGAUCAACUCUUCUUGUGACCAGCCCAUCGGAUAUCCGAUCUACGUGUCUCCACUGACCACCUCCUACUGCAACUCGCACCCGCAGCUCGGACACAUCCUGGGAGGCCCCAUCAGUAUAGGGAACAUACGCAACUUUGUUGUCGGCACUUGGCACAGGUUUACAUUUUUGGAGAUUUGCUAUUUAUAUAGUUUUUUAGUAUUAUAUUUUGAUAAGUUGCCAAUCCUCAUCGACUUUUUUUUAUGUAGGUUACGAAAAGGCUGCGGUGCAGGCUGCAACAGUGGGGGGAACAUCGAGGACUCUGAUGCAGGGGGGCUGUCUUGUGGCAGUGGGAAUGGGACUGGAGGGGACUCUCAGCAGAGCUCAGUGUCACAGACUGGUACUGCUGUACCCGUCCCCCCUCACUCAUACCAGCCACACACACUGGGCACCAGCCAGAGUUCCCAGUCCGUGCAGUCUGGUUUGAUGCGCCACUCCCCUGCCCGAGCCUCAGUCGCCAGCCAGUCGUCCUCCUACCGCUACAGCAGUAGCCGACACUCCUCCCUCCGCACCUCCACCACAGGCCUGGAGCCCUGCCGACGCUCCUCCACCAGCCAGCUCUCUCUGCGCACGCUCCCCACGUCCCUGCAGCUCCGCCUGGGCUCCACCUCCGACCCCGCCGGUCCCUCUGCCUCCCUGUCCAGCCACAGCAUCCCCCCCUGCAAGCGCCACACUCUGGUGGGCCUCCUAGGCAACGACGUCCUGUGUAGCACCGUCACUGACCCCGUCAACCAGCAUCACCACUAUCAUCACCACCCACAGCAGCACAACCCCAUGGUCUCCUCCGUGCGCAGAGAUGACAUCUCCUACAGAGUUCAGAUCGUGGACGCGAGUCAGGUUCUGGAGAACAUUAACUUAUCAAAGAGGAAGGAGCUGCAGUGGCCUGACGAGACCUUGAGACUGAGAGCAGGACGGACCUGCUGGAAGGACUGGAGCCCUUUAGAGGGCAUGGAAGGACAUGUGAUUCACCGGUGGGUGCCUUGUAGCCGAGACCCAGCCAAUCGCUCCCAUAUCGACAAGACCAUCCUGCUGGUACAGGUGGAAGAUAAGCUCGUGCCCAUUAUUGAGACUGGUGUCAUUGAGUUGGGAGCAGAGGUUUGAGACAAGCACACGCAUCACCGGACGAAGCCAGACGUCCCUGGCCUUCAGCAGGAUGUAGAAGCCUGCAGACAAACAGGAAACGGGAGUCACACCCCCCUCUCCCGAGUUCCUUACCGCUGAGGGGGAAAGGAAGCCAGGGAAAAAUGCAAGCAGAGGCAGAAUAUACAUUCAUCCGGCACCCAUUUACAGCAUCGGCAAACAUCCACAGUAUCUGCCUUGCUUUGCGUCUCAGAAAUGCUGCAUGACGGUAAUGAACCCUUAAGUUAAGUUAGUUCUUGCUUCUGGGAAUUGAUUUCUAUGCAUUUCAUUGACUAUUUACUUGGCGGUUUUGACAGAGAUGAGUGUAAAGAGCGUUUGGAAUUUUUUUUUUUUUUGUGCAUCAGUUGUCUUCAUAUGAUUUGCCAAACAAGCCUGGUAAAAUAUCUGCCAUGGUUUCCUACACGUGAACGUUUUUUUUUCACUGCCAAGAUGACAGAAAAGGUGGCGUUGACGAGCAGGUCAGAGUCAGAGACUUGAUGGUGCUGUCCUCAACCAACUCCUGCGUUUUAUUGUUGUCAUUCCAUUGGGAUUAAUUUUGAAAUUUUAAACUUUAUGUUGCGCAAAGAAACAAGAACUUGCACUUUUUUUAAUUUACAGUGAUGCACUACAAUCUUUAGAUGAUAAUGAUCACAUUUUAUUUAUUACAGAAUUGCCUUGGGAAUAAAAAAAAAUGCAAUCAUCAUUCUGUUUUCAGCCAUUUAUUAUUUUAUGUUUGAUAAACUUGAAAAUAACCUUUUACUGUAUAUUAUUAUAUCUACAUAUAUAUAUUUACAUAAAUAUAUAUAUAUAUAUUAUAUCAUGUCAAUGUAUAAAAGAUUUUGUUUUCAAUAUUUAUUACUGUGAACAUGGUAUUUACACUUUUGUUACAUCUUUUUUUUCCAUUUUGGGACAAAGGUUAAUGUGUUGAGGACCAUUGGAUUAAAAGAAGAUGCCAGAUUUUUGAUGGGUUGUUUCACUAUUUAACUUAAUUAUUUUAUAUAUGGAGAAAUAAAAGUUUGAUUUAUUGCUGAAAUCUUUAA